UUUGUGUCACCGUCCUGCUCUCUGCAGGCACUGUACGCUACGGGAUAUCCUUCUCAGUGCGACGACCUAGCUUGUUAUUAGUUUAACCAACUCCACUGGCUGUAACUAAGCUAGUAGUGUCUCUGCUAAUUGCGCCCGUGUUUACAAAAAGGAAGCAGCGGUAGUGUCUGUGUGUGUGUGUGCACACUACUCCUGCCAGCGCCAAGGCAAAGCCUCCUGCUCGAGCUUGCAGAAAGAGCAGUGUGUCUGGCUCUUGCUCUGUUUGUUUCUUUCCUCGCCUGAGUCCUACGUACGUACUUCAGGAGAAAUGAGGAAGGAGAUGAUCAUACGGGUGCAGACGACGGGCUCCGAGAAGGGCCACAGCAAAGCUAUCAAGGUGGCUGCUGCAAUCUCAGGGGUGGAGUCCGUGACGAUCGCCGGCGAGGACAAGAACCUGCUGCUGGUGAUCGGCGUCGGCAUCGACUCCGACCGCAUCACCAAGAAGCUGCGCCGCAAGGUGGGCCACGCCGAGGUGGUGGAGCUGCGGACCGUCGACGCCGCCGCCCUCGCGGACGACCUCGUCGGCGGCGGCCGCGCCAUCGCCGCCGCCGACCACGCGUACCGCUACCACGCGAGCCCGAGCCCCUACAGGCAUCACCACCACUCGGGUGCGCGCGACCACUACUACGGCGGCAUGGACCACUACUACGCCGGUGGCGGAUCCGCGUACGCGCCGCCGGCGCCGCCGCCGCUCUACUACGGCGGCGGCGGCGGGGGAUACCCGGCGCAGGCGCAGUACGAGCAGCACGACUACUUGUACCACCCGGCGGGCGCCAAGACGCACACGGUGGUGCACCACGAGUACGCCAGCGACCCCAACGGCUGCUCGAUCAUGUGAUGGCGCCGUUGGUGUUUCGAUCCUGUGAUCUGGGAGGUAGGUGACCCUGCAUGGCAUGGCCACCUGGUGUCGACGUGUGUUCGUGUCACACGUCGGUGCGGUGCAGUGACUUGGCGGGUCACUCACAUGCAGACACUACGCGCGCUACUUUCUGCUUCUGGUUCUGUUCUGUGUGACCAGUGUACAGCAUAAGCAGUGCAUCCGUGGAUGCGUCAAUCUGUGUAGUGUGUACGUACGGUGCCAAGUGCAAGCUUUUACUGCUUGAUUGGGACGAACUAAUUGAAGGAAGAACAUGACCCUUUUUCUUCCGGUCAGUUUGUAACACUAUUUCUCCCGUUCUGUUGAUGAAAAAAAUGCAUGUGAUCUGCACGUUCUCAAAAAAAAAAA